AUGGAAAUGAAAACGACAAUGGUCAAAUGGACGCGUGCACUUUCACGAGAGGGUUUUACAACGACGAGUUUUUAUUUUUCGGAAAUGAUAAACAAAUCAUCGUAUUACGUAAAUCAAAUCGUACGACCUCAUUAUAUAGCAAUUAUAUCUAAUGACAAUGACAUUAAUGAGUUCUCCUUAGCGACCAGUACCUUCGACAUGUCCUUUGCUGUAUGGCUAGUUUUAUUCAUUUACAAGGGACAUAAUCACGAUUAUUGUCAUAAUCCACCAGGUAAUAUAUUUCAUUUGAAAUUCAACACGGAAAUGUUGGUCCGUUGCGGUGACGAAAAUAUUCUAAGAGAAUGGUAUUCGAUCGAUAUCGAUUGUAAUCGAACCGAGAUCGAUGAUUUAGGAUACUGGAAUAUCGAAAAAGGAAUAACUAAUAUCACAUCAAAUUCUCUUUACGAGAGAAGACAUAAUUUACAGGGUUACAUUAUGAAAGCCGUUUUAGUUAAGUCAUCACCGACAAUAUAUAUAAACGAGGCUGGCAAAUUAGACGGUUUAUUGGGUAGAAUGUUAAGAGAAGUUUCUAGUAGUUUAAAUUUUAGUUUUAAAAUUGUUUCCAUGGUAGAAACUUAUGGAAAAUGGGAUCCAAUAGAAAACACUUGGACCGGUGCAAUCGGUGAAUUAUAUUCUGGACGUGCGGACAUUUGUUUUUCAUCAUUUACAAUGACAAAUGCCAGAUCGAAUGUCAUUGACUUCACGUAUCCUCUUGUCAAUUCCAAAUACUUUCUCUAUAUAAAGGAACCAAAAAUAUUUGCGUUUAAAUGGUCAUCUUAUUUUCAAGAUAAAAAUAAUCAUAAAAUAGGACAAUUAUUAUCCGACAAUUUUCUGGAAGUUUGGGGUAUAUUUUGUCAGCAAGGACUGUCAGAUAUUCCUGAUAGAUUUUCAUUAAGAAUAGCUUACUUCUCUAUAUUCCUUUUGGGUGUGGUCUUAUUGGCCGCAUAUUCUGCAUCAUUGACGAGCUUUUUAACAACCGGCAUCUACAAAUUACCAUUUAAUUCAUUAGAGAGCUUCGUUGAAGACGGUACUUAUCAACUUUCCGUACUUCGCGAUACAGCUGAAUAUGAUAUGUUAUUAAAUUCUAGUGAUCCGCUUGAAAAGAAAAUGAUGAAGUUAAUGUUGGACGAAGAAAAAUUGUCGAUACAUGUUGUUGAUGGAUUUAUACAGGUUUGUAAUAAUCCUAAACUGGCUUUAUACUUGGCUGACGUAUUAAAGGAUGUUAUAGUUUCUAAAAUACCAUGCGAUGUCAUUGGUAUUGAAACUGGACGUAUACAAAAAUCAGCAAUGAUUUUAUCUAAGAACAACCCGUUUACCGACGUAAUCAAUUUUCACUUAUUGAAAUUUAUCAACAGAGGUAUGAAUAAUCGUAUGAAAAACUUAACAUCCAAAAUGAAAUCCAAUGAUAUAAUCGAGAAUCAAUCGAUUGAGAUUAAAAGCGUAAUAUCCCUUAUUCUCUUCAUCGUAAUUGGUGUCAUAUCGAGUAUUUUUAUUCUGAUCAUAGAAAAGUAUUUUUUUGUCUCGUAA